UCCAUCCCCACAGAGAUCUCUGCCUGUCUCGGGAGGAACCAGAGGUGGAGAGAUGUUCGCCGUGCACCUCACCGCGUUUUUCUUCUCCAAGCUUAAGGAGGAUCAGAUCAAGAAGGUGGACAGGUUCCUGUACCACAUGCGACUGUCCGACGAGACGCUGCUGGACCUCAUGGCACGCUUCCAGGCCGAGAUGCGGAAGGGCCUGGACAAGGACACUAACCCCACGGCCGCCGUGAAGAUGCUACCCACCUUCGUCAGGGCCAUCCCGGACGGCUCCGAAAAAGGGGAGUUUCUUUCUCUGGAUCUCGGGGGAUCCAAAUUUCGAGUGUUGAAGGUUCAAGUCUCUGAAGAGGGGAAACACGAGGUCCAGAUGGAGAGCCAGUUUUAUCCAACUCCCAAUGAGAUCAUCCAAGGGAACGGCACCAAGCUGUUUGACUACGUCGCCGACUGCCUGGAAGAUUUUAUGAAGGCAAAGGGUCUACAGCAUAAGAAGCUGCCUCUAGGCCUGACUUUUUCCUUUCCCUGCAGACAGACCAAACUGGACGAGGGCAUCCUGCUCUCCUGGACGAAGAAUUUUAAGGCAUGGGGCAUUCAGGACACAGACGUUGUGAGUGUGCUGAAAAAAGCCAUGAAGAAACACAAGCUGCCAGACCUGGAUGUGGACGUCCUGGCCUUGGUCAACGACACUGUGGGGACGAUGAUGACGUGUGCCUAUGACGACCCCCACUGCGAAGUUGGUGUUAUCAUUGGCACCGGCACCAACGCCUGCUACAUGGAGGACCUGAGCAACAUCGACCUGGUGGAGGGCGACGAGGGCCGCAUGUGCAUCAACACCGAGUGGGGAGCCUUCGGGGAUGACGGGGCCCUGGAGGACAUUCGCACCGAGUUCGACCGGGAGCUGGACCUGGGUUCUCUUAACCCCGGGAAGCAGCUGUUUGAGAAGAUGAUCAGCAGCCUGUACCUGGGAGAGCUGGUCCGGAUCAUCUUGCUGAAGAUGGCCAAGGCCGGCCUCCUGUUUGGGGGCAAGGUCUCCUCUGCUCUGCUCACCAAGGGCAAGCUUGAAACCCGCCACGUGGCCGCCAUGGAGCAGUAUAAAGAAGGCCUUGCCAACACCAGAGAGAUCUUGACCGACCUGGGUCUGGAGCCCUCAGAGGCCGACUGUGUCGCUGUCCAGCACGUCUGCACCGUGAUCUCCUUCCGCUCGGCCAACCUCUGUGCGGCAGCCCUAGCGGCCAUCCUGAAGCGGCUCCAGGAGAACAAGAAGGUGGCUCGACUGCGCACGACGGUGGGCAUGGACGGGACGCUCUACAAGAUCCACCCGCAGUAUCCCAAGCGCCUGCACAAGGUGGUCAGGAAGCUGGUCCCCACCUGCGACGUGCGCUUCCUGCUGUCGGAGAGUGGCAGCACCAAGGGGGCGGCCAUGGUGACAGCCGUGGCCUGCCGCCUGCAGGCGCAGAGGAAGCGGAUCGACCAGGUGCUGGCCCAGUUCCGGCUCACCCGCCAGCAGCUCGAGGGCGUUCGGGACAAGAUGCGGGCUGAGCUCGAGUACGGGCUCAAGCGAGACACGCACAAGCAGGCCACCGUCAAAAUGCUGCCCACCUAUGUGUACGGGGUACCAGAUGGCACAGAGAAUGGGAAGUUCCUCGCUCUGGACCUGGGGGGCACCAAUUUUCGGGUGCUGCUAGUGAAGAUCCGGAGCGGGCGGAGGUCGGUGCGUAUGUACAACAAGAUCUUUGCCAUCCCGCUGGAGAUCAUGCAGGGUACCGGCGAAGAGCUCUUCGACCACAUCGUGCAGUGCAUAGCCGACUUCCUGGACUAUAUGGGCCUCAAAGGGGCACAGCUGCCUCUGGGCUUCACCUUCUCCUUCCCCUGCAGCCAGACCAGCAUCGACAAGGGAAUUCUCAUUGGCUGGACCAAAGGCUUCAAGGCCACCGACUGUGAGGGGGAAGACGUAGUGGACAUGCUGAGAGAAGCCAUCAAGAGGAGAAAUGAGUUUGACCUGGACAUAGUUGCCGUGGUGAACGACACCGUGGGGACCAUGAUGACUUGUGGCUACGAAGAUCCUAAUUGUGAGAUCGGCCUGAUCGCAGGAACGGGCAGUAACAUGUGCUACAUGGAGGAGAUGCGGAACAUCGAGACGGUGGAAGGGGACGAGGGUCGGAUGUGCAUUAACUCCGAGUGGGGCGGCUUCGGGGACAAUGGCUGUCUGGAAGACAUCCGCACUCAGUACGACAAGGAGGUGGACCAGGGCUCCCUGAACUCUGGCAAGCAAAGGUACGAGAAGAUGACCAGCGGCAUGUACCUGGGGGAGAUCGUGCGGCAGAUCCUCAUCGACCUCACCAAGCAGGGCCUCCUGUUCCGCGGGCAGAUCUCAGAGCGCCUCCGGACCAGGGGCAUCUUUGAGACCAAGUUCCUGUCCCAGAUUGAAAGCGACCGGCUGGCCCUCCUGCAGGUCCGGAGCAUCCUGCAGCAACUGGGCCUGGACAGCACUUGUGAGGACAGCAUCGUGGUGAAGGAGGUGUGCGGGGCCGUGUCCCGGCGUGCGGCCCAGCUCUGCGGCGCUGGCCUGGCCGCUGUGGUGGAGAAGAGGAGGCAGGACCAGGGGCUGGAGCACCUGAGGGUCACCGUGGGUGUGGACGGCACUUUGUACAAGCUGCACCCACACUUCUCUCGGAUCCUGCAGGAAACGGUGCAGGAGCUGGCCCCCAAGUGCACGGUGACCUUCCUGCUGUCGGAGGACGGGAGCGGGAAGGGGGCCGCACUCAUCACGGCCGUGGCCAAGAGGAUGCAACAGCGCCAGAAGGAGCCCUAG